UCCUUCCCCGCCAUAGCCAAGAUCCAUCUCACCUCCACCCACUGUUCCACGAGAUUGAGAGAGAAAGAGCUUCAAGGCAAGUCGAUUAUUUAUAGAAAAAGCCCCCGGCAAUGGCGAAUGGUGGUGUUGCACCUCCUUGACGAGGAAGAAGAAUACCUCAGGCUCAACCCUUUGCGAAAGUAAUCGUUUUGAAGGAAGGGGUAUCGUCAAAACUCGCUUUUUUCUACAGUAUCAGGCGCUGCGAAUGUGUAGGAACAGUAGAAGUUGCAGCAGAGUGGUGGUUGCUCGUGAAUGAGGGCGCUUCAUUCGCUUGUCGACAACAAAGCGUCCGCUCUAAGCAAGGCUUUGAUAGCCCAUUGUCAAGCUAUCGUAGCAGGGACUUUGAGGGAUCUCUAUACUGCCAAUAACAUAUUAAGUGGGUAUACGAAAUGCGGAGAAAUCUGGGUUGCUCACCAACUGUUCGACCGAAUGCGCAACAGGGAUACAGUGUCCUGGAACACCAUGAUUUCCGGUUAUGUUAAUAGUGGUAAGUUGGAGAGAGCAUGGGAUUUUCUGGAGUCAAUGAGACAAUGUGGACUAGACGUGGAUGCUUAUACUUUUUCAAGUAUGCUGAAGGGAGUAGCCAGUGCUAGUAGACUUGAUCUCGGACAGCAAUUGCAUUCCUUGAUUUUCAAGCAAGGAUAUGCCAGGAAUGUUUACGCGGGAAGCGCUCUUUUGGACAUGUAUGCUAAGUGCGAGAGGGUUAAGGAUGCGUACAUCAUGCUUCAACACAUGCCACAACGUAACUCUGUCUCGUGGAAUGCACUUAUCAGUGGAUUUGCGCAAAGCCGUGACAGAGAGACCACAUUUGGGCUUUUAGAUAGCAUGGAGCAUGAGGGUGUUAAACCAGAUGAUGGGACCUUCGCUCCUCUCUUGACAUUGCUCAACGACCAUGAGUUUAUCAAGCUAACUGCACAGGUCCAUGCCAAAGUUAUGAAGCAUGGUCUAGAAUGGGAAAAUACUGUUUGUAAUGCUGCAGUUUGUUCAUACUCGGAGUGUGGUUCCAUUGAAGAUGCUAAGAAACUGUUUGAUAGCGUUGUCUUUAGAGAUAUAGUGACAUGGAAUUCAAUGCUUGCUGCUUACCUUGUGCAUGGUGAAGAAGACUCUGCCUUUAGGCUUUUUAUUGAUAUGCAAUGGCUGGGCAUUGAACCAGAUUUUUACACUUACACAAGUGUCAUAAGUGCUUGUUUUGAAGAAGCACAAGAAAAUCUGGGAAAGUCCUUCCAUGCUUUGGUAAUUAAAAGAGGUCUGGAGCAAUCAUUACCAAUCUCCAAUGCAUUUAUUGCUAUGUAUAUCAAAUUGGGUAAUGGAUCCAUGGACGAAGCUAUUAGUGUCUUUGAAUCAAUGGAAUCCAAGGACCGGGUCUCUUGGAAUUCCAUGUUGACUGGAUACUCCCAAGUUGGGUUAAGUGAAGAUGCAUUGGAACUUUUUGCUCGGAUGAGAUCUUUGAAUACUGAGAUCGAUCAUUAUGCUCUUUCGGCAGUUCUCAAGUCUUGCUCUGAUUUAGCAACUCUCGUUUUGGGCCAACAAGUUCAUGCAUUGGCACUUAAGUUUGGCUUCGAGUCAAAUGAAUAUGUUGGCAGUGCCCUGAUCUUUAUGUACUCUAAGUGUGGCAUUAUUAAAGAUGCUAGAAGCUCUUUUGAAGAGACCUUCCAAAGCAGCUCAGUCACUUGGAACGCGAUUAUCUUUGCCUACGCACAACAUGGUCUAGGACACGAUGCACUUGAUCUUUUCCAUAUGAUGAGAGCAAGGAGAAUAAAGCUUGAUCACAUCACCUUUGUUGCUGUACUGACUGCUUGUAGCCACAUUGGUUUGGUUGAAGAGGGCUAUGGGUUUCUAUUAUCAAUGGAAACGGAUUAUGGAAUCCCUCCAAGGAUGGAGAACUAUGCUUGUGCAAUUGAUCUUUUUGGGCGUGCUGGGCUUGUGAAUGAGGCUAAGGCCUUGGUGGAUUUGAUGCCGUUUCAACCUGAUAUGAUGGUGUGGAGGACUUUAUUGGGUGCUUGUAGGAGUAGCGGGAACUUGGAAUUGGCUUGUCAGGUCGGGAAUCGACUACUUGAGUUAGAGCCUGAAGAACAUAGCACUUAUGUUCUGCUCUCGGACAUGUAUGGGCGCCUUCAAAAAUGGGGUGAUCAUGCGAGGGUAAAGAGGCUUAUGAGGGAAAGAGGGGUGAGGAAGGUCCCUGGCUGGAGUUGGAUUGAGGUUCAAAACCAGGUUCAUUCUUUUAACGCUGAAGACCGUUCCCACCCACUCUGCGAAGAUAUAUACCCUGUGUUGGAAGGCUUGAUGGAUGAAGUAAUAAAGGUGGGUGGGGAUGCCAAUUCAGAGGAUCCGUUGCAACAAACAGAGAUAUGGUUCGGGACUCUUUGACAGUGACAUUUAUUCAUAUUCUCUUAGUUGAUGGCAACGAAUUUCAUUGGUUCAGCUACAGGUGCUUGGAUAAUUUUUUAGGCAAACAGUCGGUGCGGCGAAUAAGGAAGAUUGAUAAGCAUUCUCCAUUGUAAUCAUACAGAAACACAAAUUUCAGGCAGCCUUCUUCUCAUUGUUUUAUGCUCGAUGAAGAGGAAGAGAAAUUGGUUUUCCGUGAAUGUGAAGCAUACCCUUAUUCAAUCGAAGUUACUAUCUCAUCUAAAUAGGAACUCCCUCUUUGUUGCUCCUCAAGGGGAAAAAGCUGUGAAGCUGGGAGAGGGAGUCAGCAUAGUGGAGGAUGAAAAGGAGGAUGCCUUUCGGUAGAUCAUGAUUUCAUUAGUUUAUCAAUUAUACGUAACUGAACCUUUGCAUUGGGGAAGUCUUACCUGGACCAAUGACAUGAUUACGAUGUUAAGGUACCUUUAGUCAUAGUGGGUUGUUGGCUCCACCCGUUAUUUCCUUCUACGACAUGCUGUUGUCAUCGCCAAAUUCUAUGUCGCUCGGUCAUCUCUACCUCACUGCCGGUCAGUACCUCCGAAAGAAAGAUAGGACUUCAUUAAGGGGAGAUGCUGAGUUAAUUUGCUAGUGAACGAGUGUGUGAAACUCAAUACUGACAGGGCAACCAAAGGCAACCCGGGUUUCGCCAGAGCAGGUGCUGUGUUCGGAGAUGGAGGAGGAAAUUACAUUUGGAGGCUGCACAAGUUUGGUGGGGCAUAUGCUCUUCCACACCGGCGGAACUUUGGGCUUUAUCGGCACGAUCCCGAAUUUGCACGACUAUUCGACCCUCAAAUGAUGCUCCUAGUUGAAACGGAAUCGCCAUUGGUUAUAGAGUUGUUAAGGAACAAGGACAGGAAUACAAUGAAGCGGGAUCCUUUUGCUGAAUCGAAUCAAACGACCGCGUUUUCGAAUGCCAUUACAAGAAUGGACCAGCAGAUUUGCUCGCUAACUUUCUGCAGAAUCUACAUUUUCUGCAGAAGCCCCGGGCAGACUGGUCCAAUAUUGUUCUUGGCGGUAUAUGCUCAGAUAGGCGUUUCCCAUUGGAGUUUUGGAUUCUCCUUUGGCUUUUUAGCCCUUUGUAUCCAAACACACACAAAAGAAAAAAAACAA